AUGAAGUGUGCCUCUUGUGCUGAGGCGCCGCCAGUGCUCAGACGGUCUGUUAACAAACUGCCUUACUGCAAGCAGUGCUUCAUAAAGGCGUUUGAAGAUGAGGUGUAUGAUGUCAUUCAAGAAAACAAGCUCAUCGUAGACGGAGAUGUAGUUUGUAUCGGUGUAUCCGGUGGUAAGGAUUCAUCGGUACUUGCUCACGUGCUGGCGACUCUAAAGGAGAGAUACGAGCGCAAAUGGACGCUGUUCUUACUUGCAGCUGACGAGGGGAUCAAGGGAUAUAGAGAUGAUUCAUUAAACGUGGUUAUGGGCAUGCAAAACCCAAAUUACGACGGCCUUAAAAUCCUUAACUUUAAGGAAAGGUUCGGGUUUGAUAUGGACGAGGUAGUUGCGUUGAUUGGGAAGAAAAACAACUGCACUGUAUGUGGUACGUUUCGAAGGCAAAUUUUGGAGAUCGGCGCUAGGCUUCUAGGAGCCAAUAAACUCUGUACCGGACAUAACAUUGACGAUAAUGCGGAAACAGUGUUGCUAAACAUAUGUAGAAAUGAUCUAUUCAAGCUGGCAAAGAACCUGAACGGGAGUGUAAAAGUUGAGGCGAAAGAGUCUCAAUGCGAUGAGGCCUAUGCCACGCCAUCGCCCAAGGGCACCGAUUCCUCCGAUAAACCUGGCAUUACAGAAUAUAAGAUUGAGGAGGACCUCAACGGCCUAUCCCUGACAAAGUCGGGUGUCCCGUGCGCGUCAGACAUCCACGCAGAACACACGCUGGAUGGUUCCGAAGGUGGAGGUGAUAACACAAAAGGAACUGAGGAGUCUCAAUACGUUGACACGACUAAAAUUGGAAAUUCGGCUUCGUCAGCGAAUAAGAUUCGAAACGAGUUGAUACGUAUAAAACCAAUGAUGUACUGCUUCGAGAAGGAAAUAGUGAUGUAUGCCCGAUACCUGAAACUUGAAUACUUCUCCACGGAAUGCAUCUACGCCCCGGAGGCUUACAGGGGCUACAUGAGGACGUUCAUCAAACAACUGGAAGCUGUGGACCCAAAAAUUAUACAGAAUAUAACACACUCUUCUCAACGCUUUUAUGCCCAGUACCAAGCUAACCGAAAGAUGAAUACGUGCAAGGUCUGUGGCAUUGAAGGCAUCAACGACCUUUGCAAGGCAUGUAUACUAGUAGAUAGACUUACGCAGCUCAGAUGUGAGGCAAAAGACCAUGUUCAGAAAACCUCUAAAUGCUGCUACACCUCACCUGGCAAUAAAUAA